AAGGCUAGUACGAACCUGUGUGCGAAAAGAAUCUUUCUCCGUGCCGUUACUCUAAAGAUUCGGGGGAGUUUGUCUACAAAUUCAAACAAACAGACAAUAGCUUCACACUUUCGUUUCUCUCUUGUGUUUUCAGCCUUGUUCAUUGGAAGAUGUCGGAACUAAGCGAUGAAGCCAGCGAGUCGGAGCAGCUUGGGGCGAGCCUGUCCGUUUGGUUAGCCCACAGCGGGAGCGCCCUGAUCCGACCGGAGGAGCUGGACGUGCCGCUGGACCUCUACACCGCCUGCUCCAUCGGACAGUACGACGUGGUGGUGGAGUGUAUUCGGAGAGGGGAUGUGGAUAUGGAUGGGAAGAACCUUGGUGGAUGGACUCCACUGAUGUAUGCAGCGUAUAUCGGUCAUGACAACAUUGUUAAUCUGCUUCUGGAGUCUGGCGUUAGUGUCAAUGCUAGCACUGCUAAAGGGCUAACACCGCUAAUGCUAGCUGCCAGCUGUGGCAACGAGAGCAUCGCUUACUUCCUCCUACAGCAAGGGGCAGAACUUGAGCGUAAGGAUGGGCGGGGCUGGACAGCUCUUCUGCACAGCACGAGCACUGGACAUCAACAGAUGGUCAAAUUUCUCCUGGACAACAAUGCAAAUGCUAAUGUCAAGGAGCCGGUGUUAGGAUUCACACCACUGAUGGAGGCUGCAGCAUCAGGCCACGAGAUCAUUGUCCAGUAUCUCCUUGACCAUGGUGCACGAGUUGAGGAGAGGAAUUUUAAGGGUGAGACGGCGAGAGUGUUAGCCAUGAUGUACAGCCACACCAAGAUUGCAAGUCUCAUAGACAUGCAUUCUAUGAGAGUGAAGCAAGGUGUGUACGAGGAAUUGAGCUCAUCAGAAGAGGACAGCUCAGCUCCCAGACCCAGAUCAACCCGCAGCAGAACCAGAGGCCCCAGCAUACACGACGGCCCGCAGGCCAUAGCCCGCUUUAGAGUGGGUACCAAACAUGACUUUGCAUUGGCUCCGCCUGGCUACAUGACGUUCCGCGAUGUUGGUGACCAGAAUGAGGGCAUCUGCAACCGUGAUGUCACUUCCCCCAUCAAUGAACUGGACGGCCAAAGCAACAGCAGUCGAGACGAGCUGUUCUUUGAUAAUGACAUGCCCACCAUAAGGAGCAGCAGCAGCAGUAGCGAGGGUUUGCCGCGCCUCCUUGGCCUCAGCAGGGAGGGGUCGCUGGAGAGUAACGAGGACUCAGAUCAGGCCAAGAGGAGUUGCCCCCGACGAGCCAACAGACUCCAUCACUCUAAGAGCAAAAGUCGACAUAGCAACAGCGACUCUACUCCACCCAGCAGCACAGGGAAUUGUGGGAUGCCCCCACCCUACACAGGCCCCAAGGACCUGGCAGAGUUCCUGGAGCAGAUCGGCUUUAGUAAGUACCUCCCUCUGCUGGAGGAGCAGGACAUCGACCUGCGGAUCUUCCUGACGCUGACCGAGAACGACCUCAAAGAAGUGGGCAUCACUCUGUUUGGUCCCAAGAGGAAGAUGACAUCAGCAAUAGCACGUUGGCAUAGUAACGCCCGACCGCCCAGCGAUGCAUUAGAGCAGGCAUACGCUGACAAACUGGAGGCCGAGAUGCAGGAGAUGGCCAUUCAGCUCCAUAAGCGCUGUGUGGAGGUGGAGUCUCUGCAGGGCCAGGUCUCUCAGGAGAAGGAACUGCGCACUGUGAUGGAGGGAUGUCUGAUGGAGGAGAAGAUGGCAUGGAGGAGUGUGCAAGCAGAACUGCGGGAGAGCGUUAAGCAAAUCCAGGCCCUGAAUGCCAUGCUGCACACACUCCGAAACACACACUCACAGUUGGCACAGCAUAUCCACAGUGACGGUCAGGCUACAGACGACGGCACAGCGUGCUCCGAGAUGCUGUCUAACAUGGAGUCCUGUGAAGAGAAACUAGCUGAUGGCCUAAAAGCACUCUGCCAGAGUCUACAGCACCUUGUCGCCCCAGAGAAGAAUUCCAGUAGCUGGCAGGAGGAAUCCUAGCACCUGCAUCAGCUCCUCCAGAGUUUCACUGACGGGGGGUGAAGGCAUCACCCUGAACACAAGUAUGCAGAGAACUGCCUGAGCUGGCCAGAGGGACAGAGAGAGAGAAUGAAAGAAGAUAUCCAAAAGAUGGAUAGAGAGAUGGUGAGAGGAAAGGGCGGGGUAAACAAAAAAUGUCCCUUUAAAGAGAGAAGGCAGCAAAUUGACAAACAGGUGGAGGGCUGAAGCCUCUCCCGAACCUGUGCUUCGGUUAUAUGUUACUGACUGCAUUAUGAGAAUGCAGAUCUAACCAACUCAAGACAAUCCAGUCUUAAAGGGGAGCCAAAGAUUGUGGUAAUAAUCCAGAAAAUUCCUCACACUGGCUUAAGAAGGCAUGCAGACUUCAUUAUCUGCGCACAUACAUCAACUGAUACUAUGCAAUGCUGCGCCACAAAUCAAAGCUCUGAGAAUCUGCUUAGUCUGUCUUAAAAACCCAGGGAUUAUUAAUAAAUGUCGCAUAUUUAAUAGUAAAUUUAAACCCAAACUGGACCAAAUAUUUUGUCUCCACAGACUCAGAACCAGGCUAGGUAAUCAGCUGGUUCCAGUCAGUGUCGCUUAUCAAUUAUCUUUACAACAUUAUAGUCACUGGUAAUUAUACAAUCAGUGUCAACUCUGUUAGAGACCUUUACCUUGUAGAUCCACUUUGUUGCUGUUUCUGUAGUUGACAUGCAAUUAUUGUUUGCUGCCCUCUAGCCCACAGGUUCCCAACUCUGGUCUUGGAGUCACUCUUCUUUGUACAUUUUAGAGUUUUUCUGCUCUAACACAGUGUUUCUCAACCCUGGUCCUGGAGACCCACUGCCCUGCACCUUUCAGUGCUUUCCUUGCUUCAGUACACCCACUUCAGGUGAGUAAGGUCUUCUUAGUGGGCUGAUUAUUUGGAUGGAUGUGUUGGGAGAAGGAAAAACACUACAAAGUGCAGGGCAGUGAGCCCCCAGGACCAGGGUUGAGAAACACCGCUCUAACACAAACUUAUAAAGAACUUGUUAAUUAGCUGAUUAAUCGGACCAGGUGUGUUGGGAGCAGAGGAAACCUUGAAACGGGGUGCCCAAUCCUGGAGAUCUUGGUCUCCCACCCUGCAGAGGCCUGCAGGGGCAUCUGACUGUUAGAAUCAGGUGUGUUGGUUGAACUCUCCUGGGUGGUAGAGCCCCAGGACCAGGAUUGAACACCCCUGCACUAAAAUGUGCAGAGCAGGGGCUACUUCAAGAACAUGGCUGGGAGCCACUGCUCUAGUCCUUCAUAAAUAGUCAGUUUCUGACCACAAAUAUUUAGUAGAUAUUUUUGGAUGGUGGACCAUUCAAGUGAAACUGACGUAUGUCAAAAUUCCAGCAAAACAACUGUGAAUGAUACUCAUACCAACACACACACAACCAUACCACUACCAUAUCGGUGUCACUACUGUGUUGAGUCUGAUCCAUCACUCCAAAAAAUAUUUGAUCAACAGAGGUCCUGUGGUCAGAGACUGACCAAUGAUGAAUGAUGAUGAGUAGAGGAUGACUCAAACAUUGUGUAUGACAAUAGAUGCACUACAGUCUGUAAUUGUACACCUAUAAAGUGGACCCAAGUGGUGUUUGUGAGCUGUCGCUGACAGGAUUUCAAGGAUUCCUUCUCGAUACAGAAAUUUUUCCCCCAAUUUUUACUUCACAGUUGAUGUGACAGUUUCAACUGGCAAAUGUAGUCCUAUAGUGAGCCCACACAGCUGCGCUUUUGGGUCAGGCCAGCGCCAGUUGAAAUGGGACCUGCUUUGGCUUUGCUCUCCCCAACUUGACCUGGAUUUCAAGCAGUGGAAAUGCUCAGAAAUAGAGCCUGUGUGAGUCCAGCACAUCCCUAGCGCACCACUGGACAUAAAAGCGGAAUCUAAACCAGCAGAUUGGCAUGCUGUUAUGAAUUUUCAUAAAGGAUAUUUUUUUAGUCAGCUGGUGGUGAAAAUGUGGGAAAUCUCUUUUUAACCAACACCCAGACGACAGAUGGUUCAGGGUUUUCAGUUGAACUUUCCCUUGCAGUUCUAGAUGUUCUGAUUUAGUCUGAUAGGGUUGUAGACUUGUUUGCUUUAAGUCAGUUUUGGUCUGAAUAAAUGUUGGUUAGCUUAUUAUUCAAUCAGGGAAAUAAAGUGUACAAACACAUGGAAGAGAUUUCAGCUUCUUAUGACUCACUGGUUCAGCAGUUCAGCAAAUGAUUUGAAUAAUAAAGAUAUAUGAGAAGAUGCACGUC